AUGAGUGUGCGCAAAGCGCAUAACUCUGGUCGUAACCACUUGAGGAACGUGGUGGAGUACUAUCAGCAGAUCGGCCAAGAGAAGGCUCAAUCAGUCAUUGACUCCAUCACCUCUUCUUAUGCCGCUGAAGGCCAGCCCCUCCCCAAUCCCGCCAUGGUGCCAGGAGCAUUCCCCCCACCAUUCGGCUUCCCAGGCCGACCCGGUCAAGGCCCCCCUCUUCCCUUCGGAAUUCCUCCUCCAGGGGCUCCCGGUGCCCCAGGAAUGCCGCCUCGUAUGUACAACCAGCCAGGAGAUGCCCUCCCUUACCCCGGGCCUCCUUUCGGCGCAGCAGCUAAUCAAUUCCCUUCUCCAUGGACAGCUCCCGGUGCUCACGGUCUCCCCUUCCCACCCCCGUUCCCUGGUGCUACAGGAACUCCACCAACAGGAGGCUUUGCUCCCCCAGGUGGACUCCCUAACAUGCCCCCAGGCGCAGGAAACCUCCCUCCCCCUCCCGGCGGAUUCCCAGCUAAUUUCCCCAUGCCCUUACCUGGAGGUGGGUUCCCUCCAAUCCCGCCAAUGCCGGGUAUGUCGAACUCGCCGAUUCCUUCCGGUCCACGCGGAUCAGAGGGGUACCCCGCGCCUCCUGGAGGCGGGCCUCCUCCCGGGAUGGAUGAGAAAUGGUAA